AUGUGGAGGGCUCCAUCAGGCCUUUAUCCACCCAAGCCUUGUGGUGCUCGGCGAGGCUGGUCGGGUGCCAGACAGCCUGGGAACAGACAAGGCUCAGCUGCCGAAUCCCCAGCGCCCCCAUACGGUCCUCUACUGUUGGAGAUUGACAAUACCGAACUCGAAAAAUCCGAGGAAUGCCCCCUAAUUACAUCCUGCCAGUAUGUCAGUUCGUACACAUGGCUAGGCCGAGCCACGCCAUCGAUUCUGGUACCCGAAAUCACUCUGCAAGGCGAACCGCCUAUCUGGAGCCCCGCAACUGAAGGCAGCCAGCUAAAACCGGAUCGGGGGGAGUACUUUCGCGACCCUAAUGCGGCCAGGUAUCCUUCUUAUCCGUGGCAGGCUUCAUUUGAGGCAAUUAGAAGGCAGAGUCUGGACUACGAUAUCGCCAAUAUCGAUAUAGUAACCUGCUCCAGUACUUUCGGAAACCUCAUCCGGUUCGCUCGAGGCAUGGACAAAGACUUCAGGUUCAUAAUGGAAACGGCUGGAGAUAGCGUAUGCUUCAUCCGAAGGGAGAAUUCGCCCAACGAUCUAAUCCCAGAUGUCCGUGGCUACGGACAUACAUUCCUUGAUGAAAAUACAACGUGGGGACCGGGACUUGCUGACCUUCUCCUUCGAUUUGAAUCAGAUGGUUAUGUUCCAAAGCAGUCCCCGGAGAUGUCAUCCAGUAACCUACAGGCAAGCAGGGACAUCUCUACUGGGGAUGUAGACUCCGAUAUUGAUGGCUUGAUAGCAAGGCUUCAAGAAGACCACAGUCCUGAUCUUGUUGAACACCCCGGAAAACUUACGAUUCAGGAAGCUGGGCGACGGGUCGACCAGCGCGAUAUCAUUGAUAUUAAAACUCGGUCAAUGGUUGACUUCAAGACAAAGGCCAUUAAAAAAGAAAUUGAUAUGACCGACCUGACCCCUCGUCUGUGGGUAUCCCAGAUCCCGACCCUUAUCGUGGCCUAUCACAACCGCGGACUGUUCGAGGAGAUCCGGGUACAGGACAUGCGAGACGAAAUCAUUCGGUGGGAACGAGAAAAUGAAGAAAUGCUGAGACGGGUGGCUUGGCUGCUCCACGAGCUGGUACAUUAUGCAAAAAGUUCAAUGACUAGGCUGGAAGUCUGUCGAUCUGGUGCAGGCCCUAUCCAAAUACGACGAGUCACAGGUGAUAGUCCUAUGGCUCUAGCGCCGGAAAUGAAAGCGAGGUUGACAGGAAGAGUCAGUCCGGACGUAUCCAACCACAGAUGCAUUUCAUCGCGUGACGAUAACUUUUCUGACCGACGGCUUGGCUUCGAUAGUUCAGAUUCGAAGUCUGAGUAUGGUGCGAGGGACUCGAGGGACUAG